AUGGACGGAUUCCGCGGCGCCGUGGACGCCGUCGCGGCGAUCUUGCGCCGCGUGCUGCUACGCGACCCCAGCAACCGGCGCGAGGCGUGCACGUGGCUCGCGGCGCUAAUCGGUCGCGUGCAGCUCCCGCCCGCGCUGCGCCGCGCGCUUGUCUGCCGGCUCGUGGCGCGCAGCGGAUCGCUCGACCCUGGCGCCUCUGACCGCUCGCUGCUGCGCCAGCUGCUGCAACUGCUGUGUGAGGAAAGGCCGAAAGAUGCCGCCCGGCUGCUGAUGCAUGACCCUGACCUCAUCCGCUCGUUCUUUGCUGCCAAUCCUCACCGCAUUCUCUUGUGGUUCGACCAUUUCAGUCUGGGGCCUGGCAGUCAAGGGGGCAGAUGGGGGGAAGAGGGGGAGAGGAGCAGGGAACAGCAGAGACCAAGCGCCUAUGCUGCUACUGCCUAUGCUGGUUCUGGUUCUGGUUCGGCCCACACCAAGUUGGCAGGGUCGGCAGCAGCUGGUGACGCUCUGCACCGGGACAGUCCAGGUUCGGGCCGGCUUGUCUUGCCGACCCGAGCUUUGGUUCGGAACCACAGGUUCGGGGCGCAAGCCUUGGCCGAGUUUGCGUUUGCACAUCGGGAGGACCAUUGGCACCGGCUGGUGUGGGCAGGGAAGCAUGCGCAGACACCUGUUACUGUUGCUGCCCGGCCGCAUUAUUUCUGCGAGCUGGACAUCUCGGGCACCAUGAAAAACUUUUUGCGCGAGGUGCCCGAGUUCUGGUCGUCGCACGAGCUUCGGAAGACGUUACAAGACGGCGCGCUCUUGUCGCUGGAUAUCAGUUUUUUUGUAGAGGAGUUGAUGAGGAGGCUUGUAAGGGAGAUGGAAGAUGAGAGGAGGAGGAGAGGGUGGGAGGAAGGAGUAGAGGAAGUGUUACGCACGGAGAGGAGGGAGGGCGAUGGGAGGGACGUGAGGGUAAGGAAGGUGUGGAUAAGGGAGGAGCGAAUGCAAGCGCAAAUACAAAUUCAAGAGGAAAGGAGAGGGCGACAAGGAAGAGAGAUGGUACACGAGUUGGUGGAAGACUUUGUUGACUCGGUUGACUGGGCUCUGCUGUGCUCUCGGGUGCUGGCUGGGGCGGGUGAAGAGGGGCUGGAGAGUGUUGCUCGCGGGGUGUGGCGAUGGGCGCAGGGGAGGAGAGGGGAGGAAGGAGGGGGGCCGGACAGGAGGGAGGGUGGGAGGAAGCGAGAGGAUGGUCGAGAGAGGGAGAGGGGGAUUGAAAGGGAGAGGGGAAGAUUGAAGGAGGGGGGCGGAGAUGGGUGGGCUGGGGCAAGGGAAAGGAGAGGGAGAGAGGGAAGGGUGAUUGAGAUGGGAGUGGGAGCGGGGAUGGUGGAGGCACAAGGAAUGAUGGACGAGGUUCUCAUUGGUGCAUGCUGGGAUGGAGAUGAGGAGAGGAUUAGAGGGGGCCGGAGGGAGGAGGAGGGAGAGGGAUAA